GCUGCUAUUAUAUGGAUGAAAAGGCUCACUGCUUUAAAGAUUAAUGUUAAUCAGAUGGAUUUUAGGCUCAAUGUGCUCUCUACGGUUCCAUGUGUCAUGUUUGAAACUUGCUCAUCCGUUCCCCCUUCUAGCCGCUAUAGUUCAUGUUCUGUUUAGUAAGAGCGUUCCCAAAGAAAUGAAAAGUUCUCAUAGCUAUUGCAACGCUAUUAGCUUGUACUCAGAAAGGAAAUCUUAAACAUUCACUAGUAUGGCAUUUCGGGAAAUCUGACUUCAAAAAGCUCAAACACUCAAGGUUCGGCAGGAUCUCUGAGCUAGAAAGUUCUAAAAAAAGAAUCCAAAAGGCAAACUGUUUUUUUUUUCCACACCCAGAACAAACCACUACAUUCUGAAAGUUCUGCCGAACUGUUUUGGGCUGGCCACAGUUCAUCAGAAACAAAAUCCCAAAGGCUUUGGUUCUGUGUUUCGAAGAGAACAAAACCCAGGGUGAUGUUGCGGGGCCAGCACAGUAAGGGCUAUGCGUGUCUUCAGCAGCUCCCACUAUGGCAGUUCCUACUGGCCUACACAGCCCUGAUCUUCUCAGCACCUCCUUCCUCCCUCUCUGCCAUCCCCUGAUCAUCCCAUAACUUUUCUUUCUGCUCGGCCACUGCUAGUAUCCCAGCACCACAUAUGCUACUUGCCAGUGUGCCCAAUGCUUCUCCUUGCUCCUCAGCCACAACUGUUGCUGCCCUGAACGUUCCCAGUGCAUACCUCUGUCCUCUCCUGUAGCCGCUGUCCCCCAAUGUACUAGCCUGUGCACCUCUGAUGGUCUCAGCAGUAAGGAACAGCCCCCAACAGAGCAUAUCCCACUGGCCUAGUGCCCCCCCCUCCAAUCUUUCUAACACUUUCCCUGCCUCCCCUCAGUUGCUGGACUUUCCCCCACCUUUACCCUUCCCCAGCCACUUAGACAUGGAACAACCAGAUUUCAAUCCAUAUCCUGACUGAACUAGGCUUGUGUUGUUUUCUGCAUAGACCAAAACAACCAAAACACGUUUUGGUUCAGGCAUAGACCACAUUAAACCAGUUCUUCUGUGUAUGAAGCAGUUCUUCCCACGAGAAUGGUAACUGGGACAUGCUGGAACACUCAGAAUUUGUUGAUGAGCUGAGUUUUAAAGGAACCCAUACAGGAACAUUAGAACAGGCAGGCCCAAUCAGGACAAAGCCCAGCUUAGUCCAGCAUUUUGUUUCUUCACAGUGGCUGCCAGAUGCCUCAGGGGUGCUUGCAAGAAGGAAAUGGAGACAUCCCCGCCUCUGGGUUUGUUCCUUUGCAAGUGGUACAUUGAAGCAUGCUACCACCAAUCCUGAAGUAACAUCAGAUGGAAAGACCAAUAGCCUUUGUUGGAUGUAUCAUGAAUUUAUCCAAUCUCUUUUUAAAGCCAUCCAAGUUAGUGGCUAUUUCCAGUUUGUACUAAUAAUUUCCACAUAUUAAUUAUGCACUAUAUGAAUAAGUGCUUUUUUUUCUAUUUUAGAUCUAAUCAGCUUCAUUGAAUAGCUCCUUGCCCUAGUUGGAAAGAGGGGAAUGACUCCCUGUUCACUUUCUCAAUCCCACAUAUAAUUUUAUACACUUCAUUCAUGUUCCUUCUUUCCCUCCCCCCAUCUAAAAAGUCCCAAACAGUCCAGUGUUUUCUUGUAGAGAAGAUGUACGACCAACCUGAGCAUUUUGGUUGAACUCUUCUGUUCCUCUUUUAACACUAUUAUUUGGUUUUUCAAAUAUGGUGACCAGACUGGUACUUAGUACUCCAGAUGCAGGCUUUGUACAUAGCCACUGCAGUGUUGGCAUUUUUAUUUACAGUCCCUUUCCAAAUGAUCCAUAGUGAAGAAUUUGCCUUUUAACCUGUGAAAUGACCACCAAUUAACCCAUACCCAACACUGGUCCCAUCAUUUAUAGUAUUUCCUGACAUAACUGCACUUUUCCAAACCAAAUACUGCCCAGCACCUAUUGGCUUUUCUUUCAGGGUUUUGUUUAAAGGUCACUUUGCCACCUUUUUGUUUGGUCUAGUGGUGAAGGUGCUGGGCUAGAAACCAGGAGACAGAGAGUUCUAGUCCUGCCUGAGGCAUGAAAGCCGGCUGGGUGACCUUGGGCCAGUCCCUCCCUCUCAGCCCAACUCACCUCACAGGGUUGCUGUUGUGGGGGAAACAGGAGGAGGAGGAAGGAGUAUGAGGUAUGUUCACUGCCUUGAGUUAUUUAUAAAAAUAAAGGUUGGAUAAUAAAUAAGUUUUUGUUCUAUUUAGAACUCUCUCUUGCAAAGGUUUGGCUUAUCCCAAAACUUUCCCCAGUGCCUAACAAAUCUGAAUCCUCCCAACUGACAACACUGCAUCAAUGCAUUGAUACCAAGAACUCUGCUUCUCUACAAAAUGGCUAGAAGACGAGGAAGGCUUGAUUGGAAAGCACUACAGGUUGGCGGAGUUUUCAAAGAAUGUAAAAGAGGUGACUGAUUAACAGAAGUGUCUGGGUGCCACUAGUCAGGUUUCAUGAUGUCACCAUUGUCUGUUUCUGCACAAAAAGACUCCUCACCAUCAAAUACACAUCAGAGCAUUGGUUAACCUGGAAGAGGAUUGUUCCCUUACCCAUCCUCCCCAUUGUUUUCCUACUCCCCCCUUCCUGCUCUCCCACAAUUCCUGAAUGUUGGACCUGCCUAUUUUGGCUUCCACUGGCAUGACUGACAGCUGGCUAAGCAUGCAGUCAGAAGAGGAAAAAGGUCAGGAGAACAGCAUGAUGGAUUCAGGCAACCUGGAUGACAGCUUGACCAGCCUACAGUGGCUUCAGGAAUUCUCCAUCAUCAAUGCGAACAUGGGCAAGUCAUCCUCUUCCCUGUGCAGCACAGAUCCCCAUGGUUAUCACAAAAUACCUGGCUCGGCUGCACCAUGUUCCCCCCUUGCUGGUGAUCCAGCUUGCAUGGGAAUGCCCCAUACCCCUGGCAAGCCAAUCUCCUCUUCCACAUCCAGGACUGCACAUCUACAAGGCCAGCCACUAGAAAACAUAGAUUACAAGACCAAUCCUCACGUGAAACCUCCUUACUCGUAUGCCACCCUCAUCUGUAUGGCAAUGGAAGCAAGCAAGAAAACCAAAAUCACCCUCUCAGACAUCUAUAAAUGGAUUACUGAUAAUUUCUGCUAUUUCCGGCAUGCUGACCCCACAUGGCAGAAUUCCAUUAGGCACAACCUGUCCUUGAAUAAGUGCUUCAUCAAGGUACCACGAGAGAAGGAUGAACCAGGAAAAGGUGGUUUCUGGAAGAUUGAUCCCCAGUAUGCAGACAGACUGAUGAAUGGAGCUUUCAAGAAACGCAGGAUGCCUCCUGUGCAGAUACAUCCAGCCUUCACUGGAAGAAUCCAACAGGAUGCAAGUUCCAGUUCUUCAACUCACCAGUCAGCAACCUCUUGGAAAAACAACAGCAUUCUGAAGAUCAACGUGGAGUCACAGCAGCUGCUCAAAGAAUUUGAAGAAGUUACCAGUGACCAGAAUUGGAACCCAGCAGAUGGAAAAAUGAGCCAUAAACGCAAGCAGCCGCUGCCCAAAAGGAUGUAUAAGGCAGCCCGCUUCUCCAGCUCCCCUAUGCUUACUCAGGAAGAACAGACAGAGCUUGGCUCUCUCAAAGGUGAUUUUGAUUGGGAGGCUAUCUUUGAUACCACCUUAAAUGGUGAUUUCUCUACCUUUGAGGAUCUGGAAAUCACUCCUCCAAUCAGCCCAAUAACCAGAGAUGUAGAUUUGACAGUGCAUGGAAGACAUAUUGACUGCCCACAAGAGUGGUGCCCAGCUGGGCAAGAAUACGUCCUCACAGAAUCCAACCAGAGCAGCUUGGACUUUGAUGAAACAUUUAUUGCCACUUCUUUUCUUCAGCAUCCCUGGGAUGAAGGGAGAAAUGAUUACCUCUCAAAUUCUGUCAACAUGGAUCCGCUGUUUGAACUCAAUGACCCUUCUUUGCAGACAGAAAUGAAUGACUGGAGCAAUGCUGGGUGUCUUUAAUGAAAGACAGUUCCCUGACUGGAAGGUUCAAGAUUAACCAACUGUAAGAACAAGAUAGUCCCAGAGCUGCAGGACUUGACAAAUGGAAGAAUCCAUGAACAAAUGAGACAGCUUUAGUAUUGGGACCCACUGUCUCACUGAAAAGUUAGGGAGGGGGAAAAAGAAGAUCCGGAUAAUUGGGCUGGAUGUAUCUGAAAAGUAACACAUUUGAUAUGGGGAACUCUGUACCCCAACAGAUGACAAAUAAUAAUAAUACAGUGUCUAUUUGUGUUCCUUUAAAGAAAUACAGAUUUUUCUAUUGGGGGCUAGAGGGAGUUGAAAAGGGUAUCUCUUCUUUGUGGGAGAAGGGAGGACAUCUGAAGAGGUUGGAAGAGCAGGCCUUUUCUGAUGAUUAGGACAUUCUAGAUCAUUUACCAUUUCCUCUUCCUUCCUUCUUCCUUUCUCCCUUUCUUGUAUAAGUGUGCUUGUAUUCUUUUUUCCCAGGGAAGAUUUCUAGAUAAAACAUGGGACAAUCUAGCAGGCAAGUACAAUUUCCAUCUCUGUCCAAGAAGUGGCAGCCACCUGUCUACUACAGUAGAUUAGUUUAGAUAUUAAAACUUAUAUACUCUGAAAUAAAUCAGUAAGUCAAGUUGUUUCAAGCUUUUAAAACAGAAGCUAUUAUCUAUCUAUAGACCUGUAAUGGAAGUUAUAUUUUUAGCUACAGAAGGCACAAUCAGUAGAGUAUUGGGUUGGGUAGGGAGGGAGGAUUGUUUGUAAUAAUGGAAAUUCAGAUUGAAGUGUAUCAAAUGCUUGUUAUUCAGAGGGAAAUAUAAUAUGUAAGUGGGAACAUCUGCCAGUAGAUUUUUUAAAAAAAAAAAUCCAUACAUGGGGACCUGAUUUACUCUAGAUGUUCCUUUUUACUUAUUUUUGUAUCUAAAAUACUUCUUGACUGACUCUGUAUGCCGUAAUACCUAGACAUAAAAGUCAAAACAGGCAAACCCUCUGAUGUUAAAGUUUAUUUAAAAAAACAUUACAUCCUUUUAUAAGCAGAAGCUUAUGAACAGAUUUGUGGCAUGCUUCAACAACUCAGCUCAGCUGAUUGAUAAUGUAGGGCUCUACUUUCUUCUCUUUUGGUUAGGCAACCAUCAGAAUUGCUAAAACAUUUAUCUGCUUUAAGUUAUGCCUUGUCUUAUGUGACUCCCCAACCAGUGGCAAUGUAGAAUUGGAUUAAUGUAAACAAAUCAAAACAACUCAUAAUGUUCAUGUUUUUUGUGUUUCUAGACUAAAGUGGAACAUUAUAGACCACUAUAUAAGUAGUAGAAACGACAAAAGAAAGAACAACUUAAAACUUCACUCUGAUGAAUUACUUUUGCUUUUGAUCUAGAGCUGAACUUUCUUGCCAUCUGACUAGGCACUUUUAGCCCAGAAUCAGCUGUCAUAAUAGCCUUUGCAUGUAUUCAAAUAAAGUAAAAUGAGGACAUUUAGGAUAGUUAUGGAAAAUAGCUCUUGAAAAAUAAUAGCCUUGUUUGAGACACUGAAAUGGUAUUUGGUAGAUGUUACUUUUUAAAAGAGCUGUUCAGUAGUUCCAUUCAGGUCAAGGCUCAGCAUGGCCUACUGAAAAAUUAAUGGAACUUCUGCACCAUAUAGUUAAUUUUUUUUUUUGCCUACAUUUCCUUAAAGAUGCUAACCUAACUGCUGCAUAAUGCAUUUUGAAAUAUUUAUAUUUUCAUACACUUAGUCUCUCCUAACAAACCUCUGGUGUGGAAAGCUUCACAACCUCAGGGCAAAAGUUAUGGUGCUACAUUACGCUAUGGCAAACACAAUGAUUUUUGUGUGAUAAAAACAGUCUUAUGACCAAGUCUGUACAGAGAAAACAAACACGUGCCCAUCAGAUUAUGAGAAAGAAAGAGCUAGAUUUCCAGGGACAUGUUUUGCAUGCUCCUAAAUUUAGAAAUAUCCCACAUCAUGGAUACAUGCAUUAACUUCUCCAAAAACAGAGAAUCUAAAUUUAGAGCUUCGUGUUAUGCCACAAAUACUAAUGCUGAAGUCACAUGUUAGUCUGCAUAGAAAAAGGUGAAGAUGUAUUAUUAUCUUGUAAUACUUCUAGCGCUACAAAAGCGUUUUACAAUUAUUCUCACAGUCAUCCCUCUCUCAAUGUCUCUCUCUCUAGAGAUUUCAAGGCCUUUCCAAAUGAGCUGGAGAGUAAGUGUGAGUGGGGCAUGCACAAUAAAUGUGCAUUUGAUUCUGCUUUGUUUUGCACUGCCUACAAAAUUUCUCUUGAGGCUUCUGACCAUACGGCCUGAAAGUCAAUAGCUUGUAUUUGGAGGAAACACAUUUUUUUCCUCAAUGAGCACUAAGCAAUCUAGAAAAAAAGGAUGACCAAGUGGCAGCCUCUAGACUGCAUCCAUCCUCAAAUAUAAUUUGAUGUCAUCUCCAAGAGUUGGCAGGUUUUUGUGGCCUGCAGUUCUGGGCAACACCAAAUUAGGUCUCUAUUUAAAGGAAGUGAAGUACACACCCAUUAUUCUGCCUGGAACAACAACUUUGAGGCACAUGCAAAAAGCUUGGAAAUAUUUCCUGAAAUAAACAUCCCCUGGUUUGUACAUGGAAUUGGUAGCACAAAAAAGUAGUAGUCCUAGCUUCCCUUAGCCCUGUCUAGCACUAAAUCUGCUCUUUGCAGCCUCCAAUACCUGACUUUCCAGGAGCAUUUGGUCAUUAAGGACUAUGGCAGCCUUAAGAUCCUGGCUGUACCUGUUCUAAAAUAUAUUGCUUCCACAGGUCUACAAUAAGUACCUGAACAAGUACAGUCAGUGUGGGGUGAAGUGCAUUCCUACUAUUUCAUAACAGUUGUGGGACAGCUGGUAUUAAUAGCAAUGGUAAAACAGUUAGGCUUCCUGCCAUUGAACAGGAUUCAGCCCACAAUUUUAUUUGCAGUGGAAGAAUUGAAGGAUAUUUUAGAAUCAGAGGUAUCCCCAAAGUAUAACUGGGGGGGAACUGAUCUGGAAUUCAAGCUGCUAUUGUUCAGAUUCUGACCCCCUUCCUUCUUACUCAAAAUGUAGUCAACUUACUGUCAGUUAAAAUGCUGGAUAUAUUUUUUUAAAUUUACGGAAGGGGAAAUGUGUGAAUGAAAAAUAGAAACCUAGAAGCUUUGUUGUUGGGAACAAUAUUAGCAGUCUUAACCAUGUCAGAAGAUAUGUGUACAUGAUUUUUUUAAUUAAAAAAUGCAAUAACUGCUGGAAAACCUCUAUUUUUUUUUAAGUGAUGGAACAACAUAGAAUUCAAAACUAGUGUGAAAAUGGAAUUUAUGUGCAAAAUGGACCAGCUGUUCAGCAUCAGUUUUGAAAUAAAUAACUGAGGGAUAAUAUGUCACAUUUAAAAUUGGGAACAUUAUAAUUCCAUGAAUUCAGAUUUGGAAUUGAUUCUAUAAUAAUUGUGAUCUAUACAGAUUUUAGUCUUUUAAAAUCCUGUUGGUUUAACUACGCUUUUCUACUGAAGUCAGUUAUGUUAAUACACAGCGGAUCUGGCUUGGUCCAGCCCAGUGUUUUUUUACCAUAGGAUAUGGCACUUCAAAAUGCAAGCCCACCCACACCCACCCACACCCACACCCACACCCACACCCA